GCAGCAGUGUGCAUGGCUUUGUGUCGAGCACGGCCGUCCGUGCACUGCUCGUCCCUUGGUGUGCGCCGCUGAAGAGCUGACGGAACGUCAGUACGAGAAAAAUUGUGGAACUGAAACGGGCCAAGUCGAGACUGUCGUUCGUUGUAAAUAGUCUGAGAAAAUUUGGUGCGUAGUUUGACGCUCGCGAGGAAUUCCUGGUGCGAAAAAUCAUUUUUCCUGUUGACGAGACGCGAAAAGCCACUGAAAAUGUACUGAGGACGGUGAAGAGACGCGCGACGACGACGGCGACGAGAAAUUCGAAUGCUAGAAAGUGCACGGGAGCCCAGGGGCACCUCGACCCAAAACGACCUAGACUGCGUCACGACGUCAUCGCUCUCGCCCGAUCCCUGCAAGGAUACCGCGAUCGGAUCGCCAGUGGCCGCUCGCAGGACCGCCCAGCCCCGCUCGCCGCGCCAGCGACCCGUGUCGGCCGCCCAGGACACGAGUCCCGGGCCCUCCAUUGUCUCGGCAGCGCUUAUCGUCUGAUUUUCGCUCGCACGGAUAUGACGACGCAGUUUAUGCAAUUCUAGUGUGACGGGGACUCAGCUUUUGUUUCGCCUCCCGUCUCGUCGAGAACGGGCGCAAACUUUCGGAAAUUAUGUGCAGUUGCCGCUUGCCAGAGAAAACGCUAAACUGAUAUGUCAGCCGAUUCGCCAAAGCGAUCCGCUGUCCGGUGUGUACCAGCUGUGGUGCCACCGCAGGUUGUAAGCGAUCGCUCAUUAAUCGAUAGUGUAGCGGGAUUCAUUAACGAUGUCACGCUUACAAGUCCACCGCAGGGUGAUCCAAAGGAUCAAGUCCUGUGGGUUCGAUUCGAGAAUAUGGCCGACAUAAGUGACCCAACCUGUGGUGAGGACUGGGAGCUAGAAGGGAAUGUUCCACCGCCACUAGUCAUCAUUCUUGGUUUUGGAUCUGGAAUAAAGGUGUAUGCAUUACCGGCACAUGGAGAAGCUGUUGAAAUAUUGGGUUGGCGUCAUGGAAUGGUUAAGGCUUUACGCAUACUUCCAACUCCGAUUACUGUUGAUGAUGAAAUGGCUAAUGAGCCGAUUGAUCAGUUCAUUGAUCAGCGGCCAUUGAUGGCACUUUGUGAUAGUUCAUCAACUGCAUGCAGUUCACAGUAUUGUUCCGUAAGCUUUAUAUCGUUGAAGAAUGGCGCUCAAGUGAAAAUGAUCAAGUUUAAGAAUCCAGUUAUCGAUAUAUUGGCAAAUCGUACAUCGAUUGUGGUCACUUUCCAGGAACGAAUAGCUGUGUUUGAUGCACGGAACUUGGAAGAUCGUUUAUCAAUUAGUACAUGUCAUCCAAGUCCGGGGAUCAAUCCCAAUCCUGUUGCUCUUGGUGCUCGUUGGAUGGCUUAUUCCGAAUGGAAAUUAAUGCCAUCAAAGCGAAGUAGCGGAGGUUGUGAUUGUGAAGGCGUUCCUAGUUAUACGGCUACUGUUUUGAAUGCUGCAAAAAGCCUUGGUAAAGGAUUACGAGAGCUUGGAGAACAAGUGGCUGCAGGAUUGACUGGUAGUGGUUCGAAUGGCGGCAGUUUAGGAUCUUCAAAAUCUAGUAGUUUUGAAUCAAGCUCAGGAGAGUUGAAACAACCAGGCUUGGUUACCAUUGUAGAUAUAAAGUACCCAAUUAAGGAGACAAGCCCAACUACAGGAUCACCAGUAACUGCUACAGGAACAGAUCCCACCAUUGCGCACUUCAUCGCCCACUUCGAUGCCAUAGUUGCCCUGGAGUUUGAUCCUUCUGGAAUGCUACUACUCACGGCAGAUAAACGCGGUCAUAAUUUUCACGUGUUUCGUGUUCAACCUCAUCCUGCAGGACCACACCUGGCUGCAGUGCAUCAUUUGUACAUUCUCCACAGAGGCGAUACUAGUGCCAAAAUUCAACAUAUAGCAUUUUCUUUGGAUUCUCGUUGGGUUGCUGUCUCCUCGCUUCGGGGCACCACACAUGUAUUUCCGAUAACGCCCUAUGGUGGACCAGCUGGAGUUCGAACACAUGGUAGUCUUCAUGUUGUAAAUAGAUUAUCAAGAUUUCAUCGAUCGGCCGGUUUAACUGUUGAUGGUCGAUCAAGCAGUCCUAUAUCACAUACGGAGAGUGCAUGCAAUCAAUCAUGUACGCCUUUCAAUAAUCCUCGAACAUCACCAUUUCCACGUCCCGUUGCAAUGCAUGCUCUCGCUCAGAUAAGGCAACCAUCGGCGUUGGGAACGCCACCGGGCAGUGCACAAAAUUCAUACACCCGAACAGGAAGCGGUCGUCAGAGAUUGUCAUCGUUAUCAGAUGAUGCAGGGAAAGAUAUUCGUGUUUGUGCAGUUUUUGCAAAGGCAAGAUCGUGGCUUUUGGAUCCACCGAAUGCCGCACGAGAAACUCCGUCGCAUCGUAUGCAAAAGAAAGCAGUAGAUUCGCUGUUUAUAAUGGCUGGUCAUGGUGCUUUGAUACAGUAUGACUUGGAAGUUAAGUUGGUUUCAAAUGUUGCAAAGGAAAAGAUAUGCGAUGACACGGCAAUUGAAUUGGAGGUGGAAGCAAAGGCACAAUGGUAUUUAGGACGACGCGAAAAUACACCUGACAUUCAGCCCCCACUUCCCCGCGAAAAUUGGCUUAUGAGAGAUCCAAGUUACCAAAGUUUGGACAACGAGCCAAAUUCAAAAGAUACAGACGAUCAGAAUGAGCGUUGGCUAUCACAGGUGGAAAUCAUCACACACGCAGGACCGCACAGGCGAUUAUGGAUGGGACCUCAGUUUAUUUUCAAAACUUACAACACGCCAAGCGGAGCACCUUUAAGUCACAUAGACACGGAAGCCGUGGAAAUCGGUAUAAAUGCGAUGAAUAAUCGUCCAGGCCGAUCGAGUCCAAUGAAUAUGCCGAUGUCUAGCAAGGGGGGAGUUCCGGUCCUUAUUGAGUCCGGUUCUUACAGUGAGUUUCCUAGUAGCUUCGAGCAGAGCCCGAAGCUGAUGGAUCGAUUUCGUCACGGCCAUAUGGAAUCAGACUUUUCAUUUACACAAGGAGAUUCAAGACUCAAGGAAGAUUUAGCUGAUGCAAUGAAAGAGUCGCCAUCACCUUCUCAGCGAGAUUCAGGUUUAACGCCUGUUAGUAAGUCAUCAUCCCCACAACCAACAUCCACCACAACGUUACAAUUUGAUAGAGCGACGGCAUCAAGUAUUGAUGUGCAACGUAAAUCUCCUUUAUCAACGGAGGUGACAAAGCAAAAGCCAAGUCCAUCUCAAAUUCUAAUUGAGAAAGUAGUAAAUCCUUUGGGAACCGUCACAACUAUUACGCGUUCGCCAAGUGAAAAUGAUUUUGAUUCAACUAACUCUAACGAUUUUGGAGACGAUUACAUAAUCCAUGAGAAUUGCGAUGAAGCGCUUUUCAGACCUGUUGUGGCGAUAUUUUGUGAUGAUUCAAAAGCGGGUAGUGAGGCAAUGUUAGACUCAGCCUACAUAAAACCGCCAGAAGCAGUUGGGACAGAAUUAAUAGUGCCGGUGAUUGAGGAAAAGCAGAAAGCGCCCCCCUCGGUCGUCAGGAAAACAGUGAGUAAAGAAGCGGAAAAAAGUGGAAAUAAUGGUAAAGUUGAACCUGAGAGAUCGAAAGAACAAGAAUCUUGUGAUCCACAAAUUGCAAAAUUUACUGAGAUGUCGCUAAUUAACCGAAAAACCGCGAAGGCUCCAAAGAGAUCGAACAAGGAGAAAGAAUCUUCACCACCUGCUCCCUCAGUUAAAAAGGAGCAUUUACUUGAGUCAACCACUGCGACAACUGCAAAACCGCCUUCCAAACAAGACAAGCUCAAAAAGGAGAAACUUGUUCCAGAACAAUCGACAAAAUCGGAACAGCCUGCAAAAACACAACUACCCGAGGCAAAAUCCUAUGAGAAUACUCAAUCCAUUAAAAGUGGUACUCAAUCUGCGAAUGUAUCAACAAAAGGGAAUUUGCCCGUAAGCCAAUCCAAGACUAAAGACAAUAGUGAUACAACAAAUGGCAAGAAGAAAACUGUGGCAGAAAGCUCCAAGUGUGUUGAGACGGCAGCAAAUCCCACAACGAAAAAAGAACAUUCAUUCGAUGCAGCAUCAAGCUUUGAGUCAAUUAUUAAUGCUAGCAAAAAGGUGAUAGAAAAAGCCGAGAAGGUUUUAGUUCCAAGUAAGAAAACCGAAAAGACAGCUCUCAAAUCUAGCAAAAAGGAAUCAGUGGAAGAGAAUACACCUUGUGUGGAUUCUAAGUCUUGUGAUAUUAAACCCAGCAUGGUCGAGGAGGUUGAUCCACUGAGUCGACCUGACGAAUCUAUGGAUUGUACACAAAGUGUGCCCGAAGCUCCCCAUUCUCCGGAACUCAAAGCGAAGAAUGCCAAUACAAAGUCGAAGAAAGCAAAGGAUAAGCCACUAGCCGUACUUCAAGAUGUACAAAAAGUUAAGCCUAUGGAGAGCGAAGCAUCCGAUACUGGUUUGAAGUUCUAUGAAAAGUUCAGUGAAUCGGAAAUUCGAAAUAUUGAAAUUGAAAAUUUUCCGCCUCUUCAGAAAGUGCAACUCAAAGACUUAGAAUAUCCAAGUUUAUCUGCGUCUCUCUCGGAAACAAGAUCCGGUGGGAAAAAAUCAAAAGGACUGAACUCAUCACCAAAACAAUCACCACAAAAGACGAAAAAGGAGUUGUCCUCCGAAAAGCGUGAUACACCAAUUGAAGUUGAGAUUUCAGAUACAGUUACUCUACCGUUUUCACCGAAGAAAAAAAGCAAGAAAAGUUCUGUUGAGGAAGUGCAGGCUGUUUUCACUAUUAGUAAUAUUGGCGAUUGUGAUACGAAGGCUGCUUCGUUCAAUAUUGAACGUACCACCACUAAUAAAGAUGCAGCAAAGGAAAUUUCAGAAGGAUCUAUCGUGAGUCCAGCUCGCUCGCUGAAGUCCAAAAAGGCGAAAGACAUAUCAAGCCAGUUAUCUUUUGAAUUGAUACCUGCGCCGGAUUAUACGGAACCUGUGUUACCUCCUCUGGAAAGUUUUGAGCCUCCAAAAUUUGACGAGCUCUAUUAUGAGACCCAACAUGAAGCUGUAAGUCUUAUCAACUUUGAAAGCCCCGUGACGGAAGAGCAAUCGGAGAAAAACAUUGAGAAGGCAGCUGAUAAGGAAGAAACUGUCCCAGCAUGUGGUAAAUCAAAAGAUGAGUGUUCGUCUCCACGUCAUAAAUACACGAAGCAAAAUUUAAUAUUAGCUCUAUGUGGAAGCAUUCAUGAAAGUGACGGGAAAACAUCAGGAAAAUGCGAACCUAGUGGGUUCAGUGAACCGGUAAAUGAUAUUGACGAACAAUACCUUAGCCUGGAGCCAAUGACCUACCAAGAAAACACUCCUUGGACAUCAUCAUCUGAAGAUACUGAGGAAAGUUCCAGGAAUGUAAUAAAAAAACACAGUCGGUCGCGUCAUCACGCCAACGACGAGCUGGUACGUCGUGAUGAUGAUGAGGAACUCCGACCGUUGAUAGAUGCAACACACUCGGCAUGCUCGAUGACAUCAUCUUCGGGCGUUGCCGCUUGCAUGGUUGGAAGUGGAAAACAACAAGUAUCAACCGAAGAUGAAGAAACUUCGACUAUUGCUCUGGAAAUAGCAAAAGCUAUUAGCGAUUCACUGCCGGAAACCAACAGUCAUAGUGAUUCGAGCGAUCAAGGUAAUGCACUACAAUCUAGUGAGGAUUUGGAUUAUGAUAUGCCAUCUACCCCUCCACUAAAUGAUGAUGGCUGUUCUGCUGGUACAAAGAAGUCAUCGAAAAAUUGCAAUAGCAGCGUCGGUAGCGGUGGUUUAAGUUCGAGCAAUCAACAAACCGCUGCAAAUGGAAAGAAGAAAUCUAAACGAAAGAAGAGAUAAGAAUUAUUGAUUUGUUUGAUUUGUGUUUUUUGUAUUGUGAUUUAUUAUUUAUAUUAUUUUGUCAUGGUGUCGAAAUGAGAUGAUGAUCCUCACAGAGCGUCAUUGUUCUGUUUCGCUUCUUUGAAUUUCAACACUCAUGUAGACUUAAACUUAAAAUGAUAUAAAACAUGUUGAAGGUAGUUUUUCAAAUGUAUAUGACAUUUGUAGACGAAACGAAAUUGUGUGUUGGUCCGUACAGGUUGUGUGCUGCUUUUGCAUUUGAUAGAAACGGCAUUAAAUUUAUUUUAAGUUUUACAUCUGUUUCCAUCCCGACAACUUUUUUUCGAUUUUCCUCCAAUUUAGACUCGAUAAAAGUACGUUAACAGUCGGUUUAGAAAAUUAAUUUAGGGACUAUUACCAGACUAGUAAGAAAGUUAAAAUGUUAUUUUUGAAGUCUGCUUUGCAAGUGUUUGCCCCAAGUUGUUCCAUAAGAUUAGUUAUCAAAUAAUUAAGAAAAAAAUCGGAUUGAUGUCCGGCUUGGUCCCAUAAUGGGACUCAGUACAUAAAAAUUCCAACUAAUGAACGAACUUUCGAAAUUAAUUCUUCAAUAUUUCAUGAUUGCAAUUCAUCGAAAGUACUGUUACUAAGACAAAAAUAUCAACUCUCAAAAAAAAAAAAAGAUUUUCCCCAGGGGAAUUGGGAAAAGCGUCUUAAGUUUAUUGUUACUAACAUGGUAUGCAUUGCGUGUACCAUACACAAUUUUAUAUCAUUAACUUACUUGUUACGUUUGGCUCGAUGGGUUAAAAUCUCGAGUAAUAUAGAAUAAUGCAAAAACAGCACAGACAAUAAUCGCGCAGUCUUUUAAUACUGGAUAGAAUCGAAUGAGAAUCAGUUGUUAUAUUUCCAAACAAUAUUUUGUUUGUUAAGUCCCUUACCUGUAUUAGUAGUAAAAUUUACAUGUCAACAACAAAACUCAAAACUCAAAACUCAACAAGCGUACGACAUUGAUGCCUCCCACUUAGUUAAAUGUCGUAUAACUCAUUAUUUUGCUGCCGGAAUUUUAGGAUCAAAUUUAUCGAUUUAAGUUCGUCAGUUAAUCAUAGAUGUUAAUGGUGAAUAUGCUCGUUCGGUCCUUCGAUUGGAUGGGCGUGUUUAUACAGAGAUUGGUUUGCCACAAAUAAAUGAAAAACAAAUAAAAAAAUGUGGCGAACCUGCCCCACAUAAUGUUUCAGUUAUAUUAUGAUACGUUUACUUCUAAAACAAUAAUCAAUAGUUAAAUAUUCAAUACAUAAGUUAUUUCAAUUGUCCGAAGACCACGCACAAUUCACAAAAAAUGCAAAUUCAAACAAAUCAUUGAGAAGAGCUCUUUCUCUUAUCUAAAUUAUAUUUGUUCUCGGUAAGGGAAGUGAUGUCUAUAAGGUGGAAUCGCUUGAAAGAUGAAAAUAAUGAUUGUUGUUUCUAUUUUAGAAUUUUUCUCUCUUAAUAUAAUUGUUUUAGUGUUUUUGAGUGGUAUUUAAUUUAUUCGAAAAUUGCCUACAAAACAGAAUUUAUUUUUAAAAAUAACAUUUACUUCAUUUUUUAAGUAAAUGUCAUUUCUAAGUCGAAGGUUUUAAUUCAAUUUAUUAUUUUUUUUAAAGUUCUGACCCCCAAAAAAGAUCUAUUAUUGCUAUUUGUUGAAAUUGUAUUACACACUGAUUUAUUUCGUUGCACUUGAAUGUUCUAUAUUAGUGAAUGUCAUAUAAGAGAAUAAUAAUCAUUUCAAUUCGGACGCAUAUUCUCACAAAGUAGAAAAAGGACAAACAAAAACUUAUAAAACAUCUUUUGUAAAAGUUAACAACCAAAUUUUUGCUAUAUCUCUAUACAUUUUUCUAGUGCAACAUAACAAACAAAUACAGAUCAGCUGUUUAAAAUAAUAUCAUACGCAAGAUAAUAUGACAUUGAAUCUUUUUUAGACAUUAAAGAAGACAAGAGCAGCGUUAUUUGAAUAGAAAAUGUAAAAAACAUGUCUCACUUAGCAGUUCACAAGAAGCAAAUGAAAAAAAUAAUAAAAAACAAUACAGUAUUUAUUAAUAAAGUCACUUGCAAAUAGCGGAGGAAGUAAAUCAACGUUAAGAUAAUAAAAAACAAAAUCCCAAGUGGAUAGUAAAAAA